AUGAGUGGAAACAACGCUGGCAACGCAAACAAUGCUGGUGAUGGAGCUGUGGGAACGCAGCAGCAACAAUUCCGCGGCAGCAGCAAGCCCCCGCUCUUUGAAGGGACGUUCGAGCUGUAUCAAGCGGAACUGGAACUCUAUCUGGGCGACCGAGACGCCUGGGAGGUAGUGACCGGUGCCGUAGUUCGGCACGGCACGGAUCAAGCAGAACAAGCAACGUUUGACAGGCGCGACCGACUGGCACGGGCGACAAUCUUGCGAGGGCUUCGAGGUUGCAAGAACGACGACGCAUCAAAGGUUUGCGGGAUGACGACGGCCAAGGAGAUGUGGGAUACGCUGGUGGGAGAUCACACGCAGCGCGACUUCUCCUAUGCGAUGUUACUGAAACGUCAGUUGUACCAGUGCUCGCAUACGCCGGGUCAGUCGAUGGCUGAAUACAUUCGGACUAUGACCCAACUUCGGCAGUAA